AUGGCCACCCUACUCCGACGGCCAGGCAACCUUGCUCGAUACUCGAGGAGAGCCGGAGAAUCAAUCUAUCGCGGCGCGCCACUGUCUGCGCACCUCCCGCAGUCGAGACUUUCCUCCCUAAUCACAACGCGCCGCGUCCGGGCCUUUGCUACCCAGUCCCCCCACGACCCGAAACCUCCGAACAAGAAAGAUCAGAACCAGCCGCCGGAUCAAGGCUCUGGCCCGAAGAAUGAUGGCGGCAAACCGGAAGAUGGCGAGAAGCCAGAGGCGGCGCAGUCGAAACUCAGCGCCGAGGAGCAGGAACAGGUGGAUAAGUUCAUCAAGCAUCUGAAAGAGCGGGUACCGGUGUCGCAACACCAGAUGCUGGAUGAUGUGCGCACAAUCAUGAUGAACGAGGGGCUCCCCCCGGAAGUUCGGGACUUUAUCAAACAGCACAUCCAAUCCGGGAGACCCGCCUCCCUGAUGGACUAUGUGAACCUGACCCGCUACAUGUCGAAACACCUGAACGACUACGCCCACAAGCUGAACGAUCUCGAGAUGAAGCGAAAGCAGGACGGCCAGUCGGAGGAUGGCAAAGGACAACAGCAGGGCCAGCAGCAAGGACAACAGCAGCAGGACGGCCAGCAGAAGGGCGGUGACUGGAACAAGCCGCCGAACUUCAAGGUGUUCGAGUUCCGGUUCGACCCCGCCGGGUUCUUGAUCAGCUCGCUGGUCACCUACUACAUCUACCGCAGCUUCUUCCCGGGCGAGUCCAGCAAGGAGAUUACGUGGCAGGAGUUCAGGGCGAACUUCUUCGACAAGGGCCUGGUGGAGAAGUUGACCGUCAUCAACAGCAACCGCGUCCGCGUCGAACUGCACCGUGACGCCCUGGCUCGCGUCUACCCCGACUCGCCCGCCAACCAGCCCAUGUUCCAUUACUACUUUAGCAUCGGAUCCGUGGAGAGCUUUGAGCGUCGACUGGAUGACGCACAGGACGAGCUGAAGAUCCCCAGCUCCGAGCGCAUCCCCGUCGCCUACGUCGAAGAAGUACCCUGGGGCUCCACCCUGCUCUCCUUCGCCCCGACUUUGCUCCUGAUUGGUUCUGUCUUCUGGCUAUCGAGACGUGCUGCUGGCGGUGCAGGUGGUCAGAGUGGAAUCUUUGGUAUCGGCAAGAGUCGCGCCAAGCGUUUCAACCAUGAGACCGACAUCAAGAUCAAGUUCUCCGACGUGGCUGGCAUGGACGAGGCCAAGGUUGAAAUCAUGGAGUUUGUCAGCUUCCUGAAGCACCCGGAGAAGUUCCAGAAGCUGGGUGCGAAGAUUCCUCGCGGUGCCAUUCUUUCCGGUCCUCCUGGUACUGGUAAGACGCUGCUGGCCAAGGCAACCGCUGGUGAAUCUGGCGUGCCGUUCUUCAGCGUCAGUGGUUCGGAAUUCGUCGAAAUGUUCGUCGGUGUUGGUCCCUCCCGUGUGCGUGAUCUGUUCGCCAACGCCCGCAAGAACACGCCUUGUAUCAUCUUCAUUGACGAAAUCGACGCCAUCGGUAAAUCCAGAGCGAAGCAGAGCUUUGGCGGCGGCAACGACGAGCGUGAGAGCACGCUCAAUCAGAUCCUGACGGAAAUGGACGGCUUCAACACUUCCGAGCAGGUGGUCGUCCUGGCCGGUACGAACAGACCCGACGUUCUUGACAAAGCCCUGAUGCGCCCGGGACGUUUUGAUCGACACAUCGCCAUUGACCGGCCUACGAUGGACGGCCGCAAGCAGAUCUUCCGCGUUCACCUGAAGAAGAUUGUCACCAAGGAGGACAUGGAAUACCUUACCGGCCGUCUCGCUGCUCUGACCCCUGGUUUCGCUGGUGCUGACAUCGCAAACUGCGUGAAUGAGGCCGCACUAGUUGCCGCUCGUGAGAACGCCGAAACCGUCACUAUGAAGCAUUUCGAACAGGCUAUCGAGCGUGUCAUCGGUGGUCUGGAGAAGAAAUCCCUCGUGCUCUCGCCCGAGGAGAAGCGCACCGUCGCCUACCACGAGGCCGGACACGCCAUCUGUGGCUGGUACUUCCGCUGGGCUGACCCGCUACUGAAGGUGUCCAUCAUCCCCCGCGGCCAAGGCGCCCUGGGCUAUGCACAGUAUCUGCCCGCGGGUGGCGACACGUACCUGAUGAACGUGAACCAGCUGAUGGACCGGAUGGCCAUGACGCUGGGCGGCCGUGUCAGCGAGGAGCUCCAUUUUGACACCGUCACCAGCGGCGCCAGCGACGACUUCAACAAGGUCACGCGCAUGGCCACCGCCAUGGUGACCAAGUUCGGCAUGUCCCCCAAGCUGCGGUACAUCUACUACGAAGAAGACCCGCAGCAGCAACUGCACAAGCCCUUCUCCGAGGACACCGCCCGCGACAUCGACUCCGAGGUCCGCCGCAUCGUCGACGAGGCCUACAAACAGUGCCACACGCUGCUCACGGAGAAGAAGAAGGAAGUCGGCAUCGUCGCCGAGGAGCUCCUGGCCAAGGAGGUGCUCAGCCGCGACGACAUGAUCCGUCUCCUCGGUCCCCGGCCGUGGCCCGAGUCCGGCGAGUUCGCCAAGUACUUUGACGGUGGCGCGACGAUCGCGCCCCCGGAACCCACGGAGACCAAGGGUGAAACCGAAGGCAAGGAUGGGAGAGACCAGACGCCCUUCCCGACGACAUAG